AUGGCGCGCGGGAGCGCGCACGUCGGCCGCCUGCCACGCGCCCGCACGUGCACGCCCGGGCCCGGGGGCGCGCACCCCCCACCGCUCCCCGCUCGUACCUUCCCGUUGGGCGGCCGGACCGAUUCCCCCCCGCCCGGCUCCGAUGGCGCCGGGAACCCCGGACACAGCCACGCCUCCCGCCAGCCCGUCCUCCAAUCGGCGCCGAGAACCCCGGGCACAGCCACGCCUCCCGCUCGCGCGUCCUCCAAUCAGCGCGCGGAGAACCGGGGGCCCCCUCCAACCCCGCCCUUCUCACGGCCGCCGGCCAACCAGGGCCGAGCGCCAGGCCACGCCCCCUCCACACUCCUGUCCUCCAAUCGGCGACGAGCACCCCCGCCGCGCCCGCCAACCAGCGCCGAGCGCCAGGCCACGCCCUCCACACUCCCGCCCUCCAAUCAGCGCCGAGCACCCCGGCCCCGCCCUCCAACCACCACCGAGUACCCGCGCCGAGCUAUAAGGCCCCUUCGUCCAAUCAGCGCCGAGCUCCUCGGCCCCGUCCUCCAAUCAGCGCCGAGCGCUCAGGCCCCUCCCUCUACACGCCCUCCCUCCAAUCAGCGCCGAGCUCCGCGGCCGGCCGCGUCAUCCAAUCAGCGCCGAGCAUCUCGGCCCCGCCCUCCAACCGAACGGCCCCGCCCCCGAGCCGGGGCCGAGAAGCGCUCCCCAUAG